AUGUCUGGACCAACUCUUCCUGAGGAUUUUCUGUGGGGCUUUGCUACAGCAAGUUACCAGAUCGAAGGGGCUCCUCAUGAAGACGGCAGAGCAGACAGUAUCUGGGACACCUUCUGCCGCAUUCCAGGCAAGAUUGCCGGUAACGAAAAUGGAGACGUGGCCUGUGAUUCUUACCAUCGAUACAAGCAAGAUGUUAAGCUGCUAAAGGAUAUGGGUGCUCGAGCAUAUCGAUUUAGCAUUUCAUGGUCUCGCGUAAUCCCGCUAGGAGGUCGCAAAGAUGCAGUCAACCAAACAGGUCUACAGUACUAUAUCGAUCUUGUGAACGAGUUGCUUGCAAAUGGUAUUGAACCCAUGGUCACAUUGUUCCACUGGGACCUCCCUGAAGCGCUUGACCAGAGAUACGGCGGACUUCUCAACACAGAAGAGUUUGUUGCUGACUUUGAGCAAUACUCUCGAACCAUCUUCAAGGCACUGGGAGACAAGGUCAAGUAUUGGGUGACAUUCAAUGAACCCUGGUGCAGCUCGAUUCUUGGUUACAACGUAGGUGCCUUUGCACCAGGUAGAACCAGCGAUCGCUCAAAAUCAUCAGUCGGAGACAGCAGCACCGAACCUUGGCUGGUAGGCCACAAUCUGCUCAUCGCCCAUGGUGCAGCCGUCAAGAUUUACCGGGAAGAGUUCAAGCCGAGCCAGAAAGGCCAGAUUGGAAUUACUUUGAACGGUGACUGGGUUGAGCCUUGGGAUCCUAAAGACCCAAAGGACAUUGAAGCCUGUCAGAGAAAGCUCGAGUUCUCCAUCGCUUGGUUUGCCGAUCCUGUUUACCACGGCGACUACCCCGAGAGUAUGCGUAAACAGCUUGGUGAUCGCCUACCAAAGUUUACGCCGGAACAGCGAGCACUGGUUCAGGGCAGCAAUGACUUCUACGGCAUGAACCACUACUGUGCGAAUUAUAUCAAGCACAGGUCCGGCGAGCCAGAAGCACAGGACUACCUUGGAAAUCUGGAAUCUCUACUCUCCAACAAGGAAGGUCAAGACAUUGGUCCAGUGACACAAAGCCCGUGGUUGAGGCCCUAUGCUAUCGGCUUUAGAAGACUACUCAAGUGGAUCUCCGAUCGCUAUGGACGCCCCACCAUCUACGUUACUGAAAACGGCACCAGUCUCAAGGGCGAGAAUGAUCUCUCCAAAGAGGAGAUCCUCGAAGAUGAUUUCCGUGUAUGGUAUUUCAAAGAAUACGUCACUGCCAUGGCAGACGCAUACACCCAUGACAACGUGGAUGUCAGAGGAUACAUGGCUUGGAGUUUGAUGGACAAUUUCGAGUGGGCCGAGGGAUUCGAGACUCGCUUUGGAGUCACGUUUGUCGAUUACAAGAAUGGGCAGCAGCGGUUCCCAAAGAAGAGCGCAAAAGCCAUGAAGGGGCUGUUCGAUUCGCUCAUGGUCGAGUCAUAG